CUCAUCGAAACAUGAAUUUGAAUUUACGCUGGAUUCUAACCGCUGUGGUGUAUCUAGCUCCAUGGAGUCGCAGCCAUUCGUCGACAAAGAAGAAGCUGAUCGUCGACACCGAUCUCUUUAGCGAUGUUGACGAUACGGGCGCCCUUCUCCUGGCGUGUUCGCACGCAAACGUCAGCCUGCUCGGCGUGAAUCUCAAUUACCCGUCCACGUAUACUGCCUUGGCGGCGUCAAGCCUUCUGGGAUACUACGGCCAUACGGCGGUCCCCAUCGGAAUCAAGCGACCCCUCACGAAUGAUACCUUUCUCGACAUAUACGCUUACCAGCAUGGAGAGUACGCGAGCAAGGUGGCAUAUCAUUGGCAGACGUAUUCCUCACUCCCGUGGAUGGAUGUCACCGGUACAUGGGACUCGGUUGAAUUGUAUCGCCGGGUUCUCUCGCAAGAGGAUGACCAGAGCGUGACCAUCGCGAGCAUUGGUUUUCUUGAUAAUCUCUCGAAUCUCCUGGCGUCGGGACCAGAUUCGCACUCCCCGCUUUCGGGGAGAGACCUGGUAGCCGCGAAGGUGUCUGAGCUUGCGGUCAUGGGCGGGGAGUACCCCUCUGGCCAUGAGUUCAACUUUUUCGGACACAACAUCACCGCGGCGGCAGAUGUUGUCAAUACCUGGCCCGGCCGUGUCACCUUCAUCGGGUUCGAGCUAGGGCGAGACGUCUACUCGGGGGGCCAACUCAUGGUGGAUGGACCGGAAAGCGACCCCGUCAAUGCAGCGUACCGGUGGUAUAACGGGUAUGAUGUACCAAGGGAGUCGUGGGACCCACUCACGGUGCUCUACGCCAUCGAGGGACUGGGAGACAUCUUCAAGUAUGGCAACAGCGGUGGCCAUAACCAUGUAUUUCCUAACGGCAGCAACGCAUGGCAGGCAGAAGGUGAUGGCCAUGCGGGACAGCAUCGGUAUUUGAAGUUAAACGUGUCUCCCGCUGCAGCAGGCGCCCUUCUCGAUCGGCUUUUUCUGCGGGGGGCUGUCGCGGCUGCGAAGGACAGUGGAUGCAGCAAGUAUGAGCCAAGCUUAUGCUCUUGA